UGUGUGUUUCGCCGUAUUAUAGACCACAGAUGACAUGGUCUCCUCCGCCGAAUGCUCCAGCGACGACGAGGACUUUGCUGAGUGCGAAGGACAUGCAGGUGGGCUAGGAGGUGAAUUAGUUUUCCCAGUACUUGUAAAGGAUCCCUUAGAGCUCCCCUCUGUAGCCACUCGUACACCCUCCAUCCCCUUUCCCCCAACCCUCCGCCCCCACCUCACCAUUAUUGAGACCACCAAAGAGUCCCUGUCCAUGGCCACUGAGGCGGGGGUACCUUGCUUGUCGGACCGAGGCAGCGAUGAUUGUGAUGAUGAUGAUGAUGAUGGCUUGAUGAUAUCUGGGUAUGGCUCUGGGGAAGCAUACGACUCUAACCUGCCCCCUACUGAUGAUGAAGAUUUUUACACCACCUUCUCCUUGGUAACAGAUAAGACCUUGUCUUCGUCGACCUUUGAAGGUGGCUACAAAGCUCACGCGCCUAAGUGGGGAUCCAAGGACUUUAGACCUAACAAAGUCUCCGAUUCUGGUAGGACUACUACCACGUCUUUUUCCCCCAAGCUGAGCCGCUCCACAACCACGUCCACGCCACCCAAACUGCCCGCGGGCAAAAUGAAUCACAGGGAGCUAAAGCCCCAGCCCGACAUAGUCUUGCUUCCAUUGCCCACUUCCUAUGAGGUAGACAACACAAAGCUGAAGAGCCCAUUAAUAACCUCCCCCAUGUUCCGUAAUGUACCCACAGCAAUCCCCACGGAGCCGGGCAUCAGGCGGGUUCCGGGGGCCUCCGAGGUGGUCCGUGAAUCUAGCAGCACCACCGGAAUGGUCGUUGGGAUAGUUGCCGCUGCCGCUUUGUGCAUCCUAAUUCUGCUGUACGCCAUGUAUAAGUACAGAAACAGGGACGAGGGAUCCUACCAAGUGGACGAGACCAGGAAUUACAUAACCAACUCAGCGCAGAGCAAUGGAGCAGUCAUGAAGGACAAGCAGCAGAGCACGAAAAGCGGCAACAAGAAACAGAAAAACAAGGACAAGGAGUACUACGUGUGAGAAUGUCGCCCGUUGCUUUGACAGAACUUUGAGCUGUUGGGCGCUGCGCCGAGGGCGACAGGAGCCGAACCCCGGCGCCGCGCCGAGAAGGCGAACUCUGAUGUAAACUGUACCAUAAAGCACACUUACAACUGUAAGCAUACCGCAAAGGUAAAAUAGCAAACAUUAGUGACCUUAUUCCUCUAUCUGGUCGGAGACGUUAUCAGUGUAGAAUAUUCCACAGCUACAUCAUAAUCCUAAGUGACUUUUAGAGGUAUGUGAACCUUGGCGUAAAUCUUGUUUUACUUUUCUUUUGUAACUCUGUAAAAAAAAAAAAAAGAAAA